AUGGGGAAGUGGGAGAGGGAACGGGAGAAGCUUCAGCAGCAGUGGCAGGGGCAGCAGCUGGCUAGGCGAUGGGGGUGGAGGGUCAGUGGAGGACGAGCUAGCAGCAUGGCAGCAGCGCAUGGGGGGGUGGUCUCGGCAGCGCCUGGCAGAGGAGGGCUUUGCGCUCCUCAACCUCUCCGCCUCGCCCAAGGGCCGAUUCUUCAAGUGCGCCCCUCAUUCCCUCCUGCCCCACAUGCCCCUUGCUGUCACCACAUGCCUGCUCCUGCUCCCUCAUUCCCUCCUGCUCCCACAUGCUCUCCCUCAUUCCCCCUCCUGCUCCCACAUGCUCUCCCUCAUGCCCCCUUCUGCCUGAUCUUCUCUUCUGCUUUCGCCUUCCUGCCUGGUGCAGGCGGCGCAGGGAGGAGUGGUGGUACGAGCAGGGGUGCAGGCGGUGCGGGCGGUGCGGGCAGUGGUGCUGGUGGCGGCGGCGGUGGUGGUGGUGUGGGUAAUGGGUUGCUGCCUCAACAUCACUUGCUCUCCCAGGGAGACCUGGUGCUGGUGAAUCCCUGCAGCGUUGACUCCAUUGACCUGGAUGACUCGCUGGAAGGAGUGGUGCUGGAGAGAGCUCGCAGGUACCUUCUUGUGGUGAUGGAACCUCAAGACGUUGCCACGCUCGCUCAAAUGGACCAGCCCCUUCGUCUAGACCUCACUCUCAACACCGUUGCCUUUGACCGAGCUAUCGAUGCUGUUACCACCUUCUCCUCCCUCUCCCCCUCGGCUCUGAGGUUUCUCCCGCUGCUAUCCACCAAGAAGAAAAGCUCUGGGUCAGAGUCAGCAGCGGCAGCAGCAGCCGGGGCAGCGGGAGAGUUGAGAGGGCGAGUGCGAUCCUUGUUGCGAGAGAUGCAGGCAGAGAGGGAGAGCAGGGGAGAGGGAGAGGGCUCGCGAGAGGGGGAGCGAGAGGGGGAACGAGAGGGGGAGCGAGGAAGAGAGGGAACGGGAGAGGGGGAGCGAGUGGGGAAAAGGGCGAGGCUGAACGCGAGUCAGGCUGUGGCGAUAGAAGCGGCGAUGGGGAGGAGGGUGACGCUAUGGCAGGGGCCUCCUGGGACGGGUAAAACCGCCACUCUGCUGCACCUCAUGGCUCUUGCUAGACGGGUGCUGGGGGGUGGAGAGGGUGCGGGUGCACAGGGGAGGGGUGCGGAGGGAAGAGGUGGUGGUGGUGGGGGGCGUGGAGGGAGGAAAGGAGGGGAGAGGGGAGGAGGGGCAGGAGACGCGGGAGGAAGGAUUGUGGGGAAGGUGUUGGCUGCGGCGGAUAGCAACGUGGCGGUGGAUAACAUGGUGGAGGGGCUGCUGGGCAUGGGCUUGCGCGUGGUGCGCCUGGGCCAGCCAGUCAAGGCCAAGGAGUCUCUGCGGCAGUGCACGCUAGACGCGCUAGUGGAGGCCCACCCUCUCACACAGCGAGCAGUGCAGCUGCGGCAGCAGGCCAUGGCAGCACGGGAGCAGGGCCGGGCGGAGAGGAACGAGGGGCGGCGCAGGAGUGCAGCACAGGAGGCCACUCGCGUGUGGGAGGCGGCAGAGGCUGCUCAAGACGCCGCUGCUCUUGAUGUCAUGGAGAGGGCGGAUGUGAUAGCAGCAACGUGCGUGGGUGCAGGAGACCCUGUGCUGAGCAUUCUUCUGAGCCGCCACCCCUCGGCCUUCGCUCUCUGUAUCAUUGAUGAAGCCACGCAGUCCACAGAGCCAGCGUCGCUGAUCCCCAUCCUGGCCAGCAGGGCGAGCAGUGUGGUGCUUGUGGGCGAUCCCAUGCAGCUGCCACCCACUGUCGUUUCACAACGCGCCCUGCAGCUAGGGCUGGACGUGCCGCUGUUCUCGCGCCUGCAGAGCCACGGCUUGCAGCCACUGCUGCUCGACACACAGUACCGCAUGCACCCGUCCAUAGCAGCGUUCCCCUCGGCUAUCUUCUACUCCCACCGCCUCCUCUCCUUCCCCACUCCACAAGACCGACCUGCCCCUCCAGGCUUCCCCUGGCCCAGCCCCGCCCACCCCAUCGCGUUCAUAGACUGCAAUGGCGUUGCAGCGCCAAGCAGCAAACGCACCACCACCAGCAGCACCGCCACCACCACCACCCCUACUACCACCACCGCCACCACGGUGGCACGCGAGUCACUGGAGGAGAGUCCGGGAGACUCCACGUCGUGGAUGAAUGCUGCUGAAGCUGAGCAGGUGGUUGCGCUGGUGAAGAGUCUGCUGUCUGCUGGUGGCAUGGCCAAGGGGUGUGAAGACAUCGGGAUCAUCACACCAUACAGAGCACAGGUGAAUCUCAUUCGAGGCAUGCUGCAGAGGGAAGCUCAGGGCUGGGGAGGGGAGGGGAGCAGGGCGGUGGGGCGGGGUGGAGUGCGGUUGGCGAAGGUGGAUCUGGAAGACGUGGAGGUGAAGACAGUGGACGGGUUUCAAGGUCGCGAGAAGGAGGUGAGGCAGGGGACGGCGGAGAGAGGUGAGGCAGCAGGGGAGGGAGAACAGAGGUGA